AUGUAUCAAGGCCCACCACAACCGCCUCCCCAAGCUGUGCCGAUUCCGUUCGUUGUAAAUAACAACACUCCCUAUCCUAGUGGAAAUAUUAACUUCCCUCCCACCGCGCAACAGAGUAUACCGCCCACAGUAUAUCCACAACAAGUACCGUUCUCAGGUCAGCCACAGGGGGGUCAAUUUCCACAGCCUUCACCUGACCAGCAAGUGUUCAGCCAACCACCACAAGUGACUCAAUCUUUCCACAGCUCUACACAGAAUGUCAGUGCAACCGGAGGUGCAAACAGCGGGUCUAUGCCAGUGUAUACACCCGUAACAUCCAUUCCUCAUCCCAUGGCAACGGCAGCAACGGCAGGUACAUCUCUGCAACGAUCUAUGUCCCAGACGUCUUUACCAAUGCUACUCGUUCCAUACCAUAUAAGAAAAUAUUUAUCUAACCUAGCAAUGUUAAAAUUGUACGAAAUAAUAAAUGAAAUUAAUACGGCGGUGGGUACGAUUGGUCUGCUUUCAUUCUGGACAGAACUUAUAUCAGGUAUUUUUACCCCUGAUGCUGUUAUUAGAUACAGCAAAAAGUCUAUGACAGAUUACAGAGAAUUUGAAUUUAUUAUCCCGGUGUUCUCGGUAAUUUGCUCCACACUAGGCAGAUUUGGCAUUGUAAGAAUGGAAAUUAAAGUACUACAAUUGAAAACACAGGUUCUAAGUAAUUCCACAAUUUUUUUCAACUGUCCCCGUGCCUCAUUUGUUUAUUACUAUCCUGAUGGUUCAUAUAUCACGCAUUUCGCACAGAUAAAAGGUGCUUUCGACUUGGACCUGAAAAUUAAUUGGUUGGAUAUAUCGAUGCAUAGUUUUGUCCCUGAUAUUGAAUGGAAUGCAGUGGAGAGGCUUUUUAGUGAUGAAACCAAGUCGGUAGAAAUUGAACAAAUAUUUUCCAAAUUGAAACAAGAUGAUGUCAAAGAUCAAGGUAAUUCUUUCGCAGAAAACGAUGGAGCGAAUGUACCUCGAAACUUUGAAGCCAUAACUCAACUAAGAUCAUAUUUUGACGUAUUUAGAAACGUAUCCGUAUUCGGCACUCAAGAGGGGUUGAUGAGGGUCAUGCAAAUUAGUACUGUCAUGUCUACUCUGAAGAAACUUCGAAAGUUCCAAAUUGAAAAAAACAUUGAUAGUCCUGUGACUGCCCUAAGUGCGUAUAUUGACGCCGAUAAGGACAUUGGGAACGAGCCCUUACAUACAAAAAGGCGACGCAACAGUGGUAUCUCUCCUCACACCACAACAUUGGUACCAAACAGUACUUCCAAUACGAUCAAUGAUGAGCCUUCAACCAGUGAUGUAAAUGAUAUUAACAAUGAAGUGAUGAAGAAGAAAAAGAAGUUCUAA